AUGGACCAAGCCAUGAUCAAUAUAGCAGAGAGCAAAGUGACAUCACUGCCCUACAGAGCUGAAAUUCUCAUUGGCAAGAACAACCAGUACAAGCCUGUGAUCUCUACCUCCAGCCGCUCCCACCCCACCAGCCCCAGCCCAACCGGACCCCAGACCAGCCCAGUACUGCCGGUCAGCUACCGUCUGUCCCACACACGGCUGGCCUUCUUCCUGAGGGAGACGAGGCCCCCACCACCCACGGCUGCCAAUGGCUCCCUUCAGCGUUCUGAGCCCUUCGUGGUGUUUCAGACCAAGGAGCUGCCCGUCCUCAACGUCUCCCUGGGGCCCUUCAGCACCAGCCAGGUGGUGGCGCGGGAACUCCUGCAGCCGUCCAGCACCCUGGACAUCCCUGAGCGCCUAACUGUUAACUGGAAGGUGCGGGCGUUCAUUGUCCGCGCACGCGUGCCCGCCUCGCAGCCCGUGGUCCAGGUGCUCUUCUAUGUGGCGGGCCGGGACUGGGAUGACUUUGGCGUCACUGAGAGACUGCCCUGUGUCCGUCUACACGCCUUCCGGGAUGCCCGGGAACACCCCCUGCUGCGAAUCGGAAGCAUCAGCCUGUUCCGUCCACCGCCCAGGAGAACCCUACAAGAGCACCGACUGGACAGCAAUCUGAUUAUCCGCCUGCCGGACAGGCCCCUCAAGCCAGGGGAAGUGCUCAGCAUCCUCUUGUACUUGGCCCCCAACUCCUCUUCUCCCUCCAGCCCCAGCGUGGAACAUUUCACACUGAGGGUGAAGGCCAAGAAGGGUGUGACCCUUCUAGGCACCAAGUCUCGGAGUGGCCAGUGGCACGUGACCUCAGAGCUGCUGACUGGAGCAAAGCACUCCACAGCCACCGUGGAUGUGGCCUGGGCCCAGGGCACACCCCUGCCCCCCAGGGAGGGCCAGGGGCCCCUGGAGAUCCUUCAGCUGGACUUUGAGAUGGAGAACUUCACCAGCCAGUCAGUCAAGCGGAGGAUUAUGUGGCACAUCGACUACCGUGGCCACGGUGCCCUCCCUGAUCUGGAACGGGCAGUCACUGAGCUGACGGUCAUCCAGAGGGAUGUGGAAGCCAUCCUGCCCCUGGCCAUGGACACAGAGAUCAUCAACACAGCCAUCCUGACGGGCCGGACAGUGGCCAUCCCCGUGAAGGUCAUUGCCAUUGAGGGGACGGGGCUCGUCCUGGAUGUCUCUGCCCUGGUUGAAUGCGAGUCUGACAAUGAGGAUAUCAUCAAGGUGUCCAGCAGCUGUGACUACGUGUUUGUGAGUGGCAAGGAGUCUCGAGGGUCCAUGAACGCCAGGGUCAUCUUCCGCUACGACAUCCUCCAUGCGCCCCUGGAGAUGACGGUGUGGGUUCCCAAACUGCCCCUGCACAUCGAGCUCUCGGAUGCCCGCCUCAGCCAAGUGAAGGGUUGGAGGGUACCUAUCCUCCCUGACCGGAGGUCAGCCCGGGAGAGCGAGGAUGAGGACGAGGAAGAAGAGGAGCGGCGGCAGAGUGCGAUCCGAGGGUGUACCCUGCAAUACCAGCAUGCCACGCUGCAGGUCUUCACCCAGUUCCAUACAACAUCAUCUGAGGGCACAGACCAGGUGGUCACCAUGCUGGGCCCAGACUGGCUUGUGGAGGUCACUGACCUGGUCAGUGAAUUCAUGCGGGUAGGCGACCCCAGAGUGGCACACAUGGUGGACAGCAGCACGCUGGCAGGUCUGGAGCCGGGCACCACCCCCUUCAAGGUGGUGUCCCCGUUGACAGAGGCUGUGCUCGGGGAGACACUGCUGACAGUGACAGAGGAGAAGGUCAGCAUCACACAACUGCAGGCCCAGGUGGUGGCCAGCCUUGCCCUGUCCCUACGGCCGAGCCCCGGAAGCAGUCAUACCAUCCUGGCUACCACAGCAGCCCAGCAGACUCUCAGCUUCCUCAAGCAGGAAGCCCUCCUGAGCCUCUGGCUCUCCUACAGCGAUGGCACCACGGCCCCACUGUCCCUCUACAGCCCGCGAGACUACGGGUUGCUGGUGAACAGCCUGGAUGAGCAUGUAGCCACGGUGACACAGGAUAGGGCCUUCCCGCUGGUGGUGGCUGAGGCGGAGGGGGCAGGGCAGCUCCUUCGUGCUGAACUCACCAUCGCUGAGAGCUGCCAGAAAACCAAGCGCAAGAGCGUGCUGGCCACCACGCCCGUUGGCCUGCGGGUACACUUUGGGCGGGACGAGGAGGACCCUACUUACGAUUACCCAGGCCCUAGCCAGCCAGGGCCUGGAGGAGGCGAAGACGAGGCCAGGGGAGCUGGUCCGCUGCGUACCGGGGUUCCCCCCGCAGAAGGCCCGGGCAGGGGUACUGGCAGCCCCGCCAUACCGCCCACCGAAGACUUCCUGCCACUGCCCACGGGCUUCCUGCAGAUGCCACGGGGUCUAACGGACCUGGAGAUCGGCAUGUAUGCGCUGCUGGGCGUCUUCUGCCUCGCCAUCCUCGUCUUCCUCAUCAACUGCAUUGUCUUCGUGCUGCGCUACCGGCACAAGCGCAUCCCACCGGAAGGCCAGACCAGCAUGGACCACUCUCACCAUUGGGUGUUUCUGGGCAACGGGCAGCCGCUGCGGGUGCAAGGGGAGCUCUCUCCGCCUCCCGGAAACCCACUGGAAACCGUGCCUGCCUGCUGCCACGGUGACCACCACAGCAGUGGCAGCUCGCAGACCAGCGUGCAAAGCCAGGUGCACGGGCGCGGCGACGGCUCCUCAGGGGGCUCGGCCCGGGACCAGGCCGAGGACCCCGCCAGCUCGCCCACCUCCAAGCGCAAGCGGGUCAAGUUUACCACCUUCACCACGCUGCCCUCCGAGGAACUGGCGUAUGACUCGGUGCCUGCCGGCGAGGAGGAUGAUGAGGACGAGGAGGACCUGCGUUGGGGCUGCCCAGAUGUGGCCAGCUCCACGCGGCCCGCCCCACCCCCGGACCUGCACAAUUACAUGCGCAGAAUCAAAGAGAUUGCGUAG